AUGUUCCGACUUCGACUGUACUGCUGGCUGUUAUUUGCUGAGCUCGCCCGCGCUGAGAUGCAAGUCUCUCAUGCUGAGGUGAUGCCAGGCCCAGAGCUGCCUCCCUGCGACAACUCGGAGAUCAAGGUGGCGGAGGAGUGCCCCAAUGCAACUAGCCUGGGUCUUGUCUGGUCGAGCUUCUCACAGCAGCUUUUUGCUGCUCGUGCUCAGCUGUUUGGCUUCUCCUUAUCACUUGCUGUUUCAGCCGUGCACAAGCUGCUUUCACAAGCGACCAGCAAGUUUCUGGUUCUGCAGGGCCGGAUGCGGAGGGCGCUUGCCUUCCUUCACCUGGGCUUCAUUUUUGUUCGAGACCGUGGCUUCAGCGAAUGUUCAACUUGGCCCGCAGCGGGUUGGGAUGUCAUGCUGGCCGGCAGGUCGUUGACUGAGAGGGUCCGCCUGCUUGAUGACGAGUCUGUUCUCAAGUUGGAGCCUGCCCACCGAGUCGACGGUCUUCGCAUCGCCGUUGUCACUAUCUGUGCAUAUGCAGCAGAUGCCCCUGUGCGUGUUCUGUGCGAGCAAAACCGCCAAAUCUACAAAGCACUUCACGGCUACGACCUCCACUUUUUUACGGACGCCGCGCAGAUUCUGCCGAACAAGGCGGCCCGCAUGAAUGUGCAGGACGGAAUUCACAAACCCUUCUUCUGGAAAGUGAAUGCUGUCAAGAAUGUCCUGGACACGAACAAAUAUGACUGGGUGCUGUGGAUGGACUGCGAUGCAUUUUUCAUGGAUCCAGGGCGCAGCAUCGAUUCCGUGAUAGCCAUGUACAGUGGCAACUUAACCUCAGCCUCGCGUCUCCGUCCUCCAAGUUCGGAGGACUCUGAGGAAGUGCGCCAGAUGCGGCGCAACAUGAGCCCAGAUCCCGGCGUUAACAUUUCCUUAAUAUUCGCCGUGGACUCAACGGGCAUCAACAACGGCGUAUGGCUUCUGAGAAAUACAGCUUGGUCGCAUGACUUCCUGCAGCGGUGGUGGGACUCCGACAUACUCGAAGGUCCUGGGAAAGAGCACAACUGCAGCGACCAAUCCACCAUGCUGCAUGCGCUCCUCCACGAGCGGGCCAUGAAAUUAGACGAGAUAUGGGACAAGUACGAGGCCCCAAUCUAUCCAUCCGAAGUGCGCGUGGCGCGCCAAGAGCACCUUCAGUCCUUCCACGAGGCCACAGCGGCGACAGCUCUCUCUCGUGCCUGGCGAGAUGGAGACUUCAUCAAGCACCACCCUGGUUGCCACUUCUACCGACUUCCCUGCCAGCAGCUAUAUCAGGAAGCACAGGAGAUUUUCUACAACAAAGUCGUGCUUCUCCACCAGCAGUGA